GAGCCGGGCCGGGGAGGGGGCGGCCCGGGCCGGCGCUGCCGGGAUGGGAGCGUGAGAGGGGGCGAGCCCGCGGCUGGAGGAGCUGCGGUCUGUCGCGGGGGCUGCUGCCGGCGGGCUCGGACCCGCCAUGGAGCCGGUGACCAGGUGGAGCCCGAAGCAAGUGGUGGACUGGACUAAGGGCCUGGAUGAUUGCCUGCAGCAGUAUGUCCAUAAAUUUGAACGGGAGAAGAUAAAUGGUGAACAGCUGUUACAGAUUUCUCAUCAGGACCUUGAAGACUUAGGUAUCUCACGGAUUGGACACCAGGAACUGGUUCUAGAAGCUGUGGAUCUCCUGUGUGCACUGAACUAUGGCCUUGAAACAGACAAUAUGAAGAACCUGGUUCUCAAGCUGCGAGGGUCAUCCAACAAUCUGCAAAACUACAUCAGCAGCCGUAGGAAAAGUUCAAAUUAUGAUGGAAAUACCUCUCGCAAGCCCCCCAAUGAAUUCCUUACUUCUGUUGUAGAGCUUAUUGGUGCUGCUAAAGCCUUGCUUGCCUGGUUGGACAGGACCCCAUUUACAGGUAUUGCUGACUUUUCAUCAAUGAAGAACAGAAUCAUUCAGCUCUGCUUGGACCUCACUACUACUGUUCAAAAGGAUUGCACUGUGGCUGACAUGGAAGAUAAAGUCCAGACUGUGGCCAAGACUUUAAAUGGUAUUUGUGAUAAAGCCAUCCGAUCAACUACGGACCCCCUGAUGAGCCAGUGUGCGUGUCUGGAGGAGGUCCAUUUAACCAACAUUAAACCUGGGGAAGGCCUGGGAAUGUACAUCAAAUCAACUUAUGAUGGAUUGCAUGUAAUUACUGGAACUACAGAAAAUUCCCCUGCUGAUCGCUCCCAGAAGAUUCACGCUGGUGAUGAAGUGAUCCAGGUGAAUCGGCAAACUGUGGUUGGAUGGCAACUAAAAAAUCUGGUGGCCAAGCUGCGAGAGAAUCCUGCUGGAGUUAGGCUGCUGCUUAAGAAACGUCCUACUGGCUCUUUUCAUUUCACUCCGGCUCCACUGAAGAACCUGCGCUGGAAACCACCCUUGGUGCAGACCAGCCCUCCACCAGCUUCAGCUCAGUCACCAGAAGGCACGGUGGAUACUUCACUGAAGAAAGAGAAGCCAGCCAUUUUGGAUCUGUACAUACCCCCUCCACCAGCUGUGCCGUACUCUCCUCGAGAUGAAAAGGGGAGCUUUGUGUAUGGAGGAGGCAACAAACGCAGUCAGCCACUACCUGGGUCCAAGGGCGCCGAGUCUCCCAAUUCUUUUCUGGAUCAGGAGAGCCGAAGGCGAAGGUUUACCAUUGCUGAUUCAGAUCAGCUGCCUGGGUAUCCCGUGGAAGUAAACAUCCUACCAGCCAAGAUGAGAGAAAAAACACAGUCCUACGGAAAACCUCGUCCUUUGUCAAUGCCUGCUGAUGGAAGCUGGAUAGGAGCUGCAGAGCCCUUCUCUAGGCCACGAGGAUCAGGGAGAAAAGGUGAAGAUGUCCUCUGCAGGUACUUCAGCAAUGAAAGGAUACCACCAAUCAUUGAGGAAAGCCCUUCCAUGCAGCACCCGCUCUCCAGGCCAGUGUCUGACAAGCACUUAGUGAGGGGAACGGAUUAUAUUCGAGGCAGCAGGUGUUUUAUGAAUACAGACCUCCACAACAGUGCAACUAUUCCAUUUCAAGAGGAAGGUGCUAAAAAAUCAUCAUCAGUUACGUCUUCCACAAAAUCCUCCUCAGCAGAGCCCUCGCUGCUGGUCAAUUGGAUCACGAGACUGAAAUUGUUGACUCAUUGACUUGUCCGCAGCGCUGUUCCCAAGUGCCUUUGCUCGUUGGUCAGACUGCUCUACCUUGCAGCUGAACUGAUACACAGUGACUAAUGCAUUAGUCUUUUCCUGGAGAAUCUUACACUUUUGCCUUUUUGUGUCAUUUUUGAUGGAUCGGGGUGGUUUCAUAGUGCAAGGAGGGAAGAAAGAUAAAGAUCAGGUUCCUCUUCCUGGCCAAAAACUGAAGGCAUUUAUUCCUGUGGAAAUGAGUAAAAUUUCAGUGAGGUAGAGGCCACACAUGACCUGGAAAAUGCUUAAUGACUCAGAGGAAAGCAUUGCGUUACUGUGAAGUCCCGUGGCACUUUAGUUGUCUGAAUGCUCAGAGGCUGGUGCAACAGGCAGGGUGUCAGAGUAUGCAGAGCUCACAGAAGCUGUCACUCUCCUGAGUGGGAAAAUAAGGAGGAAAACAGCAGUUUCAUGCAACUUGGUGAUGCUAUUUCAAGUAUUGCAUGAGAUCAACCUUGUGAGGAAGAAGUGUUACCGUUCUUUCUCUGAUAUCCAGAGUUCCUAUGAAGUCUUAGGAAGAGAGUUCUCUUAUUCAGAGAUUUUAGGAAGUUGGACUAAUUUAAUUAUAAAUCAAUCCAACCUUAUAUAUAUAAUCUAUUUUAUUGAAAUCACAGUACAAAUAUGGAGCACUGAACAGCUGCAGUGCUCAUUUGUAAAGGUAUAUGGAUUGCUACAACAUGCCAGGGAAAUGCAUCUGUAGAGGUGGUGAAAGAAUAUACAGUAUUUCCUUAAUUGUUUAAGAAUGACUUGCUGUUAACCAAAGUAACCUGUUAAAGACAGUACUGUUGGACUCAUGAGAACUUUUACAGUGGUUCAGUUUUUGAAUGAUGUGUUGUUUUUAUGAAAAAUAUGUGCUAUCAUACACUACAACUGUAAGACGUCUUGCUAUUUUCUAUAUAGCUCUAAUUUUUACCCCUCAGAAUUUUAAAAUAGCAUUGGGUAUUUUGGGAGGAAAAUAAAACUUGCUUAACAAAAGAGGAGGAUAUUAAAGAGGUAUUGUUUAAGAAGGAAUGUACAUAAGAUUGUUAGUGUGCAAACAGUUGUGUUUAAAGUUAUUUAAAUGUUAAAUAUAGUUGUAUAUAUUUUUACAUUUAAACGGAUAGAGUUUGUACCUUCCUGUAUUGAGGUAUUUGGCACAGCUUAGUCAAAUGAAAGGAAAAUAAGAUUUUGUAUUACCUUCUAAUUAUAAGACUAACUAUUUUUGUAGAUGAUACAUUGCCAACAGGCUCUACUCCUUUGGUCUUGCUGAAAAGAAGGAUUUAUAUUCAGUAAUUGGUGGGGAAAGAGGGAAGUUAAAUGCCAGUUUGCACUUAGGGGCAGUAAUCACAUGUGAUAACAGGAUGUUAAAAACACACUAAUUCUGUCUGUGAAGAUGUCACUAUUCUACUGCAACGAGCUGAUGAAGUUGUGCUACAGCCCAGCAGAGAGCGACAGGGUAUUUCAUUCACUUCUCAAUUAAUUACAUUUGACUGAGACUCACUAAUGACUGGAGAGGCUGGUUUGGACCUUUCUGAUCAAAGCAGAUUUGUCUGUCUUCUGCCACUCUCCUCCACUCUCUGAGAUGGCAGUCUGUACAAGAGACAUGGACUGCUGCUGUGCAGUUCAACCCAAACAACAGUUUGGUCCUGCCUCCAAGAAAAGGGCUGAAACUGCUGUGUUGAAGGCUCUGUGGUGUAGUAUAGUGCAGCCUCCAAAGGGCUGAACUGUUCUAAAGGUGUUGUCUAAGCAAGGCUUUUAAAAUGGAAAUUCUGCUCAUCUUCAAUGUCGUGUUUUCUGUGCUUUAAAAAUGAAUGGAGACCAUCAUACUUAAUCUGUUAUUGUAUAUAAUGAAUAUAGAGGAUGCUCUACAGCUUAGGGGUAAAAAAAGUCCCACAGAUCUACAAGUAAAUCACAGCUGAUAUCCUUCUGGCUUAACCUGCAAAAAAUUCUGCUAUUAUGCAAAAACUUGGCUCAUCUCUUAAUGUUGAAGGUACGUGUAUCUAUCAGAUGAAAAACUAUCUAGGCUGCCCUCAUAAUGAGUACCAUGUAUGUUUCCAGAUACCCUGCCAUGGUGCAGUACUCCACAAUACUCUGAAUACACUGUCAUGGUGGCAAAACAGUGCAGUUAAUUAGUAAAGAUCAUUAACCCCACAAAAAUGGAAAAUAAUAUUUAGUACUCAUGCAUAUAUGUAUAGUGAGGUUCAUGCACUUUUGAAAUAUUGAGCAGGCUUCUGUUGUAGUCUGUAGAAUAUGUAAAAACCAAUACCUUUGCUUUCUCUUACAUAACUAUUGCAAAAAAAAAAAAGUCCGAUUUUGGAUGGUAAUGUGUGAGAGGAAAUAAGACAAAAAUGAGCACUAAUGACUUGUAGAGACAGAGUGCAGGGCAAUUCUCCAAGCCAUGUGUUUCCUCUAGUAUUAUGGACAAUUAAAUUAAUUACUUUGAAUUCUGGAUGACCAACAGAGGUGGACACAGUACUGAGAGUAUUACAAUAAUUUUGUGCUAAUCAAUGAGCUGAUAACUUUUCUGUCCUCAUAAGCAGGGCUUCUUUUGAAAACAACAUGCUCCAUACUCUUGGUGCUCACUGAACAGAAAGGAGAGAAAGUAAACAUCCAAAACUUAACCAAACCAGGAAACAGAUGGUGAAAACUAACUUUGCAGUUGGAGAGGAUAAAGAAUUUUCUUCUUGCAUAAAUGUUACUUUAGUCCAAAUCUUGGGUCCUGUUUUAUUACACUGCCACCAGGUAGUCUUCACAAACUGCUCUAUUCCCACAAUCACAUCCUGAACAGACCAAUUUAAACCCCUCAUCAGGCUUGAACUUAGAUCUUGAUGAAUUCAGCUCAAACCUUUUUAUUGCAGGUUUUACUUCCCUAGGAGCUUUCCUGUGUUCAUCAUUCAGUUUUUGGAAUAUUUUACACAUGAUCCAGGCAGAAAGGCUUUCCUGCACAUGCAUUCUCAGAAAUGCCUUUGCCAGCAGGAUUGGUAUCUUGGAGGAGUGUGAAUGUUGGCUUCUGCUUGUGUUUUCUGCACUAAAAUAUUCAUCCCCCAAUUUCCACCAUACAUCCUAGUGCACAAUCUCAAAGUGUUGAGAUAGAAAUGCUCAUGGUCAAUUGGAAGGAAGUGUUGUGUCCUUUGGAGUAACCUUUGUCCUGCUGUACAGCUGUGGCUUCUUUCUUCUGUGUGGCCUGAGCUUUACUUUGCACAUGCUGUGGUUAUGGAGCACGUGCUCUUUAUGGCUGUCACAGGAAUGCUUUUGUCUCCUUGCAGGCUUUAAGGUUUUUAUAGUGGAUAAGAGCUCUUGAAGAAACCACUGAUUAACUCAGCAUAUUGUGUGAUUCACUUAAAAUGUGGAAAGAGCGCUCCAAAAAACCUCUGGAGAAUGAAAAAAGAGGGAUCAGGCUAAGCUAAAUGUAUGGGUCUGUGUUGAGUUGAGUGCUGCUUCACUAGUGUGGCAGUAACUGCAAAGAAGAUACCCCACACCACUGCAGCGUGCACAUUUGUUUUUACCCUUACAUUUGUAGUAUAUUUGCUAGAAUAAUAUGAAACAAGGGCAGUCUUUCAAAGCAGUUAUAUACAGUUCCACACACCACACUUGGGCUGUAAGAUGUAUGACAAAAGCAGUCAAGAGCUGCUGUCAGUGUGUAAUUUCAUCAAAUUUCUGCUGCCUGUGCUGCUGCUGUCUCAGUUUAAAAUAGUAACCUCUCUUUAUCCUGUUGCCUGCACAAUGCAAGUCCCUAACCAUCAAUUUUGUCUUCCUUUGUGAUAGUUAGCAACUGCUGGUAAGAUUGUGUCAUUUCCACAGGUCCUUGUGCAGUGGUCUAAAAGCUUAGUUAGUUUGGGUUAUUCUGGACUUUGUCAAAAAGUGGAAAGUCACAUUUAAAAACAGUAUUACUGUUCCAACAUCACUUAGAGUUGGGAUUUUUUUUAUACAUACUAAAUAAGAGACAGGCAGGAGUUGUCUGUUGCACAUACUUUGCCAGUGGAAGAAAAAAUGAGGAUUACAUACUCAGUGGAGGAAAAAACCCUAGACCUUUGGGUGUCCUCCAGUUCCUGCCAGUGGGAGAAAUGUGUUUGUUUUAGCAUGACAUAGAAUAGAUGUAAACAUUUUUUUUUUAAACCUCCCUGUGUGGUCACCUCAGUUAUUCAGGAUGAUGUAAGCCACUGGCUUUCUCCCUUAAGUGGUUAUGGAGUUACUUAAUAUAUUUUUUUGGGAGAGGGGAAAGAUAUCUUAGGAAAUUACAUGAUUGAUUAACAGGUUAAUGGAGGCAGAAUAAUUAAGCCUAAAGUAAGUGCCAGAGAGUGCCAAGUUGUAGGGAGAAUCGUUGGGGUCAGUUUAUGAUUGUGGUUUCUGUUUGUUCUCUGGUGAGGGUGAAUGUUCUCUAUGCCAGACAGCCGCCAAGGAAUUGGAGGACAAAAAGUCCAAUUUGCUGUGCCAUCUUCAUCUGAGAGGGGUACUUGCUUGGGCUUUUUUGGUUUGUUGGUUGGUUGUUUCUGACACUCCACACCCUCCUUGGUCAGUGUAGCCCUUUUUCAGUGCAGCCAGAGUAGGAACUGUUGAAAUGUACCUGUGGAGCAAACCUGACAAGACCCUGAUGGAUCACUGGGCUGUGCUCGCUGAUGGUGUUCAGCCACCAUGUGUUCAGAUGUGUUCUGGGAGUGCCUUUGCAGGUGAGGAGCCUCAGACCCUUGUUACCUUUGCUUAGAGGCUUUUUUGUUUGGGCAAUAUUUACUGAGAGGCAUAAAAUAUGCCACAGUCGAAACUGAUGUUUAAUGUUUUGACCAUGUAUUUAAAUUUUUUUUCCCAAGUAAUUGCAUGCUUCUCAGUGCUACUUAUUAAUGUUUUCCUCUUUCAUCCCCCAUUAGCUGUUUUCAGUACCAAUGUUUCUAAUGAAAUCCUCCCAUAUUUCCAGUGAAAAUGUUCAUAAUGCCAAGUAGUCACAAAUGAGCCAUAAAAUUUUAAUCUGUAAACCGUAAAAGAACCCCAACCAGACAAAACUCAAUUAGCAAAACACAAGAAAAAACUCUUUUUAUACCUUGUGAAUAACAACUUUGUGAAUGAUAAUGAAUAAUAAUGAAACUAAGGAUUUUCAUCCAGGUAAAGGAUCAGCCAGACUUGAGUGGCUGCACCUUGGGUGAUUUGUUUGAUUUUAUUACAUGACAGUAGAAAGUGAGGGCUGUAAUUCAGGUAUUGUAGAUUCUUGCAGAGCAACUGUGGUUAAAUGUGUCUCCACAGAACAUGACCAAAGGCUUUCUUAGAUGUAACACAGUUUUAGCUGAAAUUAUUUCCCAUGUCACUGAAUGUCCCACUGAACAUGCAGAAGUCUUAAUAUUGUCUGGCAUAGUUCUUGACCACUGGUUCUGGGGGGAAGUUGGUAUAAGUUCCUAUAAGUGGAUGUGAUGAAACCAAAAUAAAUGAUAUCCUAAAUUAAUUAUUUCCCUUUUCCUAUGUCCUUCCUCUCUGACCUUUUCCUUCCUACGUUAAAGCUAAGGGACUCUCCAAGAAUUUAUUUCACAAACAAACAGCUAUAAAGUCUUUAUAGCAUAAUCAGUUUGUUUUGAUGUCCAUGACAGUUUUGACCAGUGCCUUCCAACAGAAACAGUGCUGCCCACAAGACAACAUUUCCAAGUUCUUGAUUUGUAUGUGAAUUCCUCUCUGCUUAGUAAGCUGUUGGCUUAGACUCCUCUUUGAAGUUCCUUAGACCACCCCAAACAGUCCUUGGUCCUUUAGGUCCAGAGAC